AUGUUUUUCUUGUUGUUCCUUUCCACAUUGGCAUUGGCCGAGUUUGAUUUGUCCAAUGACGACUUCUUCCUCUUUAAAGAAUUUGAGCUGAAGUACUCUAAGAAGUAUGAAACUCCAGCACAACGCCUCUCAAAAUUGGCUCUUUUCCGUGACUCUUUGAAAAAAAUCAGAGAAUUGAACAGCCAAAGAACACGAAAGUCCGACGCUAUUUUUGGGAUCAAUUAUUACUCCGAUUUAACUCCCAAAGAAAUGGGAAUUGUACCACAUGAACACGUGUCUGUUCCACUCGAUCCUCAAGAAAUAAACAAUGGAAACAAAAAGGGACCAAAAUCAGUUCGAGAGUUUAACACUCUUCCUGACCUUCCUGAAGGAGAUGAACUUCCAGACUAUUUGUCUUACUGCGGACCUUAUGUUGAGUACAACACCGACCAUCCCAAAGUUGAUUUCUGUGGUGAACAAGUCAAUCAAAACUUGUGUGGAUGUUGUUACGCAGCCGCUGUGAAUAACCAAGCGCAAUAUGUCUUUGCCAACAUGACUUAUUAUAAAAACAACAAAGACGCUUCUAAAGUCCAAAAACUGUUAUUCAGCCCCCAAAGGAUGAUUGACACGGUGUUCACAAACCCUAGCACUUUAUCAUCAAACAAGAGGUGUUGUGGCGGAAAUAGUGGCACUGCACUUCUAGGCCAGCCUACGUACUCAUUACAGUCGGACUACCCAUUUGUCGAUGGUAAAGACGCAAAUGCUGGAACUUUGUGUAACCCUCGUGGUGACCAAAACUCUGCUGUGAAAUUACAAAUGAGGAACAAUGGAUUUAAAAUGUGGACGACUGUAGAAAAAACAGGACACAAAGAUAAGGUCAUGGCGAUUAAGAAAAUCAUACACAUGUAUGGGCCUAUUCUAGUCGCAAUCGACGCAUCCAGAUCGGGCUUGAAAAAUUACAAGUCGGGUAUCUUUUCCUUCCCCCAAACAGAUACUAUAUGCAAUCCAAAUAACGUGUAUACAGACCAUCAGGUGAUGUUAGUUGGAUAUGGUAAAGAUGAGGAAGAUAACAGAGAGUAUUUUAUUGGUCGAAAUACGUGGUACAGCAGUUGGGGAGAGAACAACAACUACAUUAAAAUAUCGACAGAUGUUUUCUGUGGUAUUGGCGAGUUCAUUGCCGAUAACUUCUUACCAAGCAACUACAUCAUUUAUUCGGGAAGUUGUGUACUUGAUCCAAAUUGUGAGUCGUGUAACACAAAGACUUUGGAAUGUACAAAAUGUGCUGCUGGAAGUAAUAAAGAUGCACGAGGGAUGUGUGUGAAACCCGAUCAAUAUAAGAACCCAAUUAUCUGUGCACUUGGGAAGUAUGGGACAUACCCCGAAUGUAACAAAUGCCUCACAGGAUGUAAAGAUUGCAGUGAUGGUGCUACGUGCAAA